AAAAAAAAAGACAGUUGAACUUCUUGUCAAUCGUAUAAGCGUCUUGAUAUUUAAAUUCGUGAUUCACCUACAAAAAAAUAAUACAUGAGCUACCAGCCGUGUCCACCUUCGACUCCUGAGCCGUGCCCGCAAGUAUGUCCACCACCACCACCAGCUCCACCAUGCAGGGUCAAACCCAUCAUGCGAGGACUCCACUGGGCCCAGACGAAAUUGAUUAUAGCACAGGGCUUUGGACUGGCAUUUCUUGGAGGUGCUGCCUACUAUGUCUUGAUUAGCUUGCCGAGGAUGGAGGCUUACAAGGACUUUUAUGCAAAAGGAGAAUUUGAAGAUUGGGCUGAUGAAAUGGCAAAAAAAGGCUUGUUUCAAUCUGUUCCUGUCGAAUCGUUAAAACGUUAAUUAUAUGAAUAAAUAAUCAAUCUUUAA